AUGAGUCAUGACGGCUCAUUGGAAGAUUGGGCGCGACUGGGUCUGGAUCUGAGGCGUCCGAAGUCAGGUCUGCAAGCCAGCCUGCAGACUAAACUGUUCGGACAACAUAUCGCGUCAAAAAUCAUCCUGAAGGCGGUGAGCGGCUUCAUGAACAACGACAACCCCAAGAAGCCGCUGGUGCUCUCCCUGCACGGUCUUAGCGGCACCGGCAAGAACUUUGUCAGCUCGCUCAUCACUGAGAACAUCUACAAGGAGGGAAUGAACAGCGACUUUGUUCACAUCUUUACGUUGAUGAAACACUUUCCCCAUGUCUCUGAGGUCGACACAUACAAGACUCAGUUGCAGCAGUGGAUUAAAGGCAACGUCAGCAGCUGUGCUCAGUCAAUGUUCAUCUUUGACCAGAUGGAUAAAAUGCCCCCGGGACUGAUUGACAGCAUCAAGCCGUACCUGGACCACUACGACAAGUUGGACGGCAUUUCCUACCGCAAAGCCAUCUUCAUCUUUCUCAGCAACACUGGAGGCAGCAGCCUCACAGAGACUGCUUUAAAGUUCCGAAACGCGGGUCGGAAACGGGAGGAGAUGGAGCUGAAAGACGUGGAGAAGUCGCUCCUUCUGUCUGUGUUCAACAAUGACAAAAGCGGUCUGUGGCACACAAGCCUCAUCGAAAAGAACCUGGUGGACUUCUUCGUCCCCUUCCUGCCGCUGGAGUACAGUCACGUGUUGCAGUGCACCAUGGCUGCCAUGAAGGCGCGAGGCUUACAGCUUGACAUCUACAUCGCCGACAAGUUGGUGACGGAUAUGGUCUACUUCCCCGAAUCUGAGCCGGUCUUCUCUAAACAAGGCUGCAAGGCCAUCUGAAAUAGGCUGCACUUCUACAUGGAAGAUGUCUAACAAACGACAGCAGGAAGGUGGAGCGAGCGAGAAGCUGUCUGAACUUUUGAUGGCACUGAAUGAAAUUUGAUGUCCUCCAAAAAUGGUGCAGCUUUUUUUCCUACAUUUUUAAACAUAUGUCUUCUUAAAAAGUUACAAAUAGGGAUGUAACGGGUUUAAAUGUCACAGUACGAUAUUAUCACGGUAUUAAGGCCACGGUACAAUAUUAUUGCGGCAUAUUACACCCCAAAAAAGCUUGGUAAAAAUGCCAUAGGGUGUAAAAUUAAGUGUCAGGAAUGUUUAGGAUAAACACACUUACUGUAAUUGAACACAAACAUAAUACUCAAAUGUUCUAAUCAUAUUUAUUACUACAAACAUGAUUUUUAAGUGUAAAUAUUUGGGCAGGAACAUUUACUGUUUCAAGCAAGUAUUUAAAAGAAUAACUUGCAGUCUAUGUCGCCUUGGAAACGCUUGAAUCAAAAGUGGUGCGCUUCCUUUUGCAGACCGCAGACUUUCUUUUCUCCGCCAAAGAGGUUAUGUUUUCACCGUGACCAUGGUUUGUCUUUUAACAACAUAACUCAAAAAGUUAUGGAUAGAUUUCAAUGAAAACUUCAGGAAAUGUCCAAAAAAACCCCAAUCCUUUCUCUCCCCUUUACGACCUCCCACACACACGCUACGCAGGGGAUUUUGGGAGUUGUAGUUUACGUCCAAACUGACCAAUUCAAAAGUGCCAGCAAAAAACUACACCAACCAAGUUUUCAUUUUAUAAUAUUCUUGUGAUGAUUUUUAUACUGAAAUACCGCAAUAUUUAUAAAACCGUUACACCCCUAGUUACACCUCAUUCUUUAAUUGCUUGUAAUUAUGUCCACUGAGGAUAGCAACUAAUCAAAAAUGAUGGUUGAUGCAUUUAAUCUGUCAAAUAAUUUGGUUUCCUACUGCCAAACAUUUAUUUCAUUUACAAAAUGAAAACGUUUGCCGCUUUCCAAGAACAUUUAUAAGAAUAAAUCUGACACUCUGGCCACUCCAAUAGAAUAUAGAACUUUGCUAUGGAAAAAUGUGUUAAUGAAAUUACGGGAUUCUUAAUUUGUGAAUUAUUAAAAUGAGUCGUACUACUUUUUUAAAGUGUGUAAAUGACAUCAAAUCUCUCACGGCUAUCUAAUAAUUAACUGUAAUCGUAAUGAAAAUAA